AUGAAGCUGGAGAAGAGCGGAAGGAAGAUGGAGCUGGUGGGGAGAGAGCUGAAGCUGGAGAAGAGCGGAAGGAAGAUGGAGCUGGUGGGGAGAGAGAUGAAGCUGGAGAAGAGAGGAAGGAAGAAGGAGCUGGUGGGGAGAGAGAGGAAGCUGGAGAAGAGAGGAAGGAAGAUGGAGCUGGUGGGGAGAGAGAUGAAGCUGGAGAAGAGAGGAAGGAAGAUGGAGCUGGAGGGAGAGUUGAGAGAUGUAUUUUUUAACUCAUCCUUUAAGGUGUAG